AUUGUGUCUGAAUAAUACCUCAACCAAAUAUCCAUCACUAUCUGAAUCAUCACCUUCUAGACAUCUGAAAACAUGCGAAAAAAAAUGUAAAUCAAAGAUAUGAUUUCAGUGAAAUAUAAAGGGAAUUGGAGCAGAACUCACUUACAAACUCAAAACAGAUUUGGGGAACUAUUUGAAUGAAAUGAUUAUACUUUUUCCUCUUCUUAUGUGGCUGUUCUAUCUUCUUCUCCUCUUUGUCUUCUACAUUCCGACGACCAUUUACUAAACCAGGAAUGUUAAAAACAUUAACUCUAAACAAUCAGUUACCAUCAGAUACAAGGUGUAAUCAAGAUCCUAAAGCGAAAAUUCUCAACUGUUGCAAAUACCAUUUACUCUCCACUACCAUAAUCAAUUAACCACUUUCUUUGUCAUAAAAAGAAGCUACAAACUACAAAAGAAAUACAUAGAGGAUAAAAAGAAGCUUACUUACGAAUUUGCGUUUGAGAAAGGGCUUUGUUUCUUGUUACGCUUCUCAACGAACUAAGGAUUCUUCUUAGAAAAGUUUCAUAUACGCUGUGACAGUUGACUUGGCGUUAUUGAGCCCGAACAUCGUUAAUGGUAGUAAAGAAAAAGAUUUUCUCUUCGUGAUCUGAUUUUAUUUGAGGAUAAAAAGAAGCUUACUUACGAAUUUGCGUUUGAGAAAGGGCUUUGUUUCUUGUUACGCUUCUCAACGAACUAAGGAUUCUUCUUAGAAAAGUUUCAUAUACGCUGUGACAGUUGACUUGGCGUUAUUGAGCCCGAACAUCGUUAAUGGUAGUAAAGAAAAAGAUUUUCUCUUCGUGAUCUGAUUUUAUUUGAGCAACUCUCGCUGAGAUUAGCUGCAGUCUUAAAUUCGAAAAAUAAAGAAUACAAUAUGGAAUUGUUACUUUUUACAAGUCUAAGUUGUUUGGCAAUGAAUUUUGUUUAGUUUUGAUAUUAUUGUUUUUAAAUAAAAAAAAUUAAAUUAUGAACCAAUCACAAUAUAACAAUUUUUCUCAAACAUCUUCUGUGAAUGAGCAGUUAAUAUAUAUGAGCACUUAAAAAGAAGUAACAUUGGGUUGUCUUGUCUAUUCAUGUUCAUGUUCUCACUCACGCGCCGCCGUCGAUUUAGUAACGUUCGGAAUAACAUAACACUAACGGUCACGACUUUCGAGGAAACUACUAUUAUUACUUUUUGCUAUUGGUUAUCAUUUGUUGUAGCGUUGACUUUUUAGUAGUUGAGGAGUUGAAUCAGAGAUGUCGCCUGACGGAGAACCGGUUACGGUGGAUCCGUCGACAGUUGUCACGGUGAAGAGGAAGACAACUAAGUCAUCUCGCAGUUGGAUAUCCAUAGACACCACGGGGCAAAGAACGGUGCUUGACGAAGACAAAUACGCGAUCAUGCACCGUGUUCAGAUCCAUGCUCGCGAUCUCCGGAUCCUAGACCCGAACCUUUCUUACCCGUCUGCUAUUCUUGGUCGAGAGAGAGCCAUUGUUCUCAACUUAGAGCAUAUCAAGGCCAUUAUCACUGCUCAAGAGGUUCUGAUUCGUGAUUCGUCAGAUGAAAAUCUUAUUCCUGUCUUGGAGGAGUUUCAGAGACGCUUGCCUGUGGUUCAAGGAGAUGCUGAAGCGGGUGAAGAAGAUGAAUCACCGUUUGAAUUUCGGGCGCUAGAGGUGGUUUUGGAAGCUAUUUGCAGCUUACUAGCUGCAAGGACAACAGAACUAGAGACUUCUGCUUAUCCUGCUUUGGAUGAACUAACCUCGAAGAUAAGUAGCCGUAACUUGGAAAGGGUUCGUAAACUGAAAAGUGCCAUGACACGAUUAACAGCUCGAGUCCAAAAGGUAAGGGAUGAGCUGGAACAAUUGUUGGAUGAUGACGAUGAUAUGGCUGAUAUCUAUCUUUCAAGGAAGCUUGCUGGUGUAUCUUCAUCGGUUAGUGUUUCUGAUGAACCUCUUUGGUAUCCUACGUCACCAACAAUAGGUUCCAAGAUUUCAAGAGCAAGUAGAAUGAGUUUAGUGUCGGUUCGUGGGGACGAUGAAAACGAUGUUGAAGAACUUGAAAUGUUGCUAGAGGCUUACUUCAUGCAAAUCGACAGCACUUUGAACAAAUUAACCGCGCUACGUGAGUAUAUUGAUGACACAGAGGAUUACAUUAACAUCCAGCUAGACAAUCAUCGAAAUCAACUCAUUCAGUUAGAGCUUAUGCUAAGCUCUGGAACUGUUUGCAUAUCAAUGUACUCUAUGAUCGCGGGAAUAUUUGGCAUGAACAUUCCAUACACAUGGAACGACGAACAUGGAUACGUUUUCAAAUGGGUGGUUAGCCUGACAGGGACAUUUUGCGCAGCCUUGUUUGUGAUUGUACUGUCGUACGCUCGGUACAAAGGGCUUGUGGGAUCUUGGUGGUCCAAGGAAAAUAAACAGGAUUGAUCGUAAGACUUUGAUUGUAAAUGCAUGCUGUGUAACUCUUCACUCUUUGAAAUAUACGAUGAACGAUUAGGCGGAUACAUGGUUUCAUUACACACUCUUACAUACGUUACAUUUGAUGAAUAGUGUUAUGUACAGUUUCAUAUAAUAUAAAACUUUAAGUGUCAAA